AUGACCGCGCCAGCAUCCUCCACACCGCGAGGCACAGCCCCGACCUCCUCCGCGUCUGUGCCCGCGUCCUCGUCCCCGCUCACCGCGUCCGUGAUCAAGUUUCGCUGUCUCUACACCCAUGACCUGCGCCGAAAGUCUAAACGCUGGCAGGAUGGCUAUCUUCGAUAUCAUGCGUUUAACAAACGCGUCAUGGUCUACGAUGAAACCGGGAACUACAUUGGCGAUCAUCACUGGCGGUGCAACGAUGAAGUACAAGACGGUGACGAGAUGGAGCUGGAUAAGGGGGCGUUGAUUCAAGUUGGCGAGCGCAUGGGGACGACUCAAACGGAUCUUUCCAAUCUAUUCGAGAAGCGCAAAUCUAGUCAGGGUUCCCCGCAGGCGACUGAUGGCGCAUCUCAGACACCGCGUGCCUCGGCGCCUGUCCGGUCCUCAGGCUCAUCGCAGCCAUUUCGUUCAUUGAACGAGCUGUUGGGGAUUAAGAAGACCCCAAUCGGUCAUUUGGUCUCACCAUAUGAAGAACUACACCCUCCGACCCCGGCUGCAAAAAUCCCCGAAUCAUCUGAACGAACACCGAAACGGCAAAAGAUUUCAUCUACCGUUCGCUCGAUAGAGAAGGCGCCUGUGAACGAGCGGAACACCCAGUCGCAGGUCGUAGAUCUGACUGAUCAAGAAGAUGAGUCUUCGGUGAUAAGAGCGCCGAAUUUUGAUCAUGGCCGAAAACCUCCACGGGAAUCACACCGGCAACCAGCAUUGCCUAAGAACGACCUGGGACUGAACAGUCAACCUUCAUCCAUGAUUGGAUCCCGAAAUAUACAACAGCCGGCUAUUUCAGCGAGAUCUGCCACCCAGAUAUUCGUUAAACCUGUUCUCCCAACAUCGGGCUUAUCGAAGAGCCAUCCUUCCAAGUCCGUGCCGCCUGUCGCUUCCAAAGAAGUGCGAAAUGAACAGUUCGAAGCCCGUAGAAGUGCGAACAUUGCAGUCAAACCGACACCACGGCCAUCCCAACGAGAGGCACCGCGAAAGGCGCCAGAAUUGACGAACCCAACGCGACCUGAUUCCCCAACAUUUGUAAAACCGGCCUUGCCUUCCUCAUUGGAACGACGGAAAAGCCGAUCGCCACGGCCACCGUCUGCAGCACCCAAAGACGGGCAAGCCGGACUGUCUGAAGCUCGAAAGCCUGCGAGUGGUGCCGUUCCACACGCGGAUAGGUCAACGCCGGACAAAGUGCCCAAGGGUCCUGUCAAUACUCUGCGUAUGGCGACUGAAAAACCACGUCGGAAGUUGAUGUACAGCGCCCUUCUACCCGGCGAUGCAUCGCAGAGAUCAGCACCGGCACUAUCCUCAUCGUCGGGACCUUCGAGCCGGAGUCAACCAAUAAUCAAAUCCGCGGAGUCUCAGUCAGUACGUACCCAAAAGAGGCUGGCGAUUAGCUUGCUAAUAUCCUCAUUUAGACCAGAUACCGCUCCUCUUCAGGAGAUUGAGUCUACGAAUGCAGAGUUCAUGCCUUCCGACUCAACCCAAUUUAUCCUGGAAGAGAUGAUAACCCCAAUUCUGGAAACCGGUCUCGCGCAAAAGACAACUGUUCCUCCAAGUGCUCACCAAAAUCCUCUAUUGUCCCGAAAUCUACCAGCGAAGAGAGCUCUUGACGCGCCCUUGCGCAAAUCACUCUCAGAUCCUACUGCUUUGACAACCGUCCAGACCCGUCCAACGUUGAGCCGGAGCGCAUUGAGUGCAGUUCCUGAGCAACACGAGCCUGUCGAAGAAGGGCCCUGGACGUCCGAGGCAUUGGACUUGUUUGACUUCUGGCCGCCUGGGCGGCCGAAACCCUGCUCCGCAGAGUAA